AUGCAUGUCAUAUCGAGUACAAAGACACUAUGUAAAAAUUUAAGGGACUUUGGUUGGAAUGCAUUUCUUGUCAAAGUGAAAACAUUUUGCGAGGAUCAUAAAAUUAGUGUACCGGAUAUGGAAGCUCAAUAUACUGCGAGGCGUGGUCGAGCUCAUCAUCAACAAAAUGAAAUUGCUGUGGAACAUCACUACCGGAUUGAUAUAUUUUUAUCUACUAUUGAUUAUCAAUUUUCUACUUUGGAUUCCAGAGAUAGUUUUAAAUCAUUCAAGAUUGAUGAUAUUUGUAAACUUGCAGAAAAGUUCUAUCCUAGUGACUUUACCGAGCAAGAAUUGUUGUGGUUAAGGAUCGAACUUCAGCUCUUUGAAAUUGACAUUUCAAGUCAUUCGAAAUUGAGAAACUCUCCUAAUCUUCAAGAAUUAUGUCAAGGCUUAUGA